CUCCUUCAUAGCUUCGCCGCUGUCCUAUUUCUCGUUUCUCACAUUGUCGCGAUCUCCAUUACUACUUGCUUUCUGGCUUGACUUCCUAGUGUCUUGGACGUUUAUGGCCACGUUCUGAUUAGCCACUCUUUUCAUGUGAAGCUCUGCCAGCUUCUCACUUUCGUUGAUUGGCAUCAGUGAUUCAUCUAUAUUUGCUCUUCACUCACUUGACACUGCGAUAACUUCUAUACGCCUGACGCUACCGCGAGAAUGCGCUCCGCAGCGAAAUUUUUCUACCUGGCCGUGUUUGGCUUCAUGAGCCAGGCCAAUGCCGAUAAGCAUGGAGAAAAAUCGAUGCAUGGCUAUGACACAUGCGCAAUUGACCACAAUGCUGUUGUCUCCGACGCCUGCGUUUCCUACCACACCAUUGAUGCUCUUAACGACCAAAUCUACUCACUCCUCCAGUCCAUUACGCAAGAAACCGAUUUCUUUUCAUAUUAUCGCCUCAACCUCUUUAAUAAAGUGUGUCCGUUUUGGUCCGAAUCUGAAGGAAUGUGCGGGAACAUUGCAUGCGCUGUGAAUACUAUAGACUCGGAAGAAGAUAUCCCAUUAACGUGGCGCGCGGAAGAGCUGAGUAAACUGGAAGGGCCGAAAGCGGGCCAUCCGGGCCGUCAGCAACAACACGAGAGGCCACGGGAUAAACCCCUGCAAGGAAUGCUAGGAGAGGAUGUUGGGGAGAGUUGCGUGGUAGAGUACGACGACGAGUGUGAUGAGCGGGACUACUGUGUCCCCGAAGAUGAAGGGAGCAGUGGGAAAGGUGACUACGUGAGCUUGGUAGACAAUCCUGAGCGAUUCACAGGGUACGCAGGAGCCGGUGCGAACCAGGUCUGGGACGCCAUCUACCGCGAAAACUGUUUUCUCAAGCCGGUACCCGAGCUUGAGCAAUCGUCCUUCACUCCGCUGGGCGGACUCCAGGCUAUACAAGAUUUCCAAAAUGUUCUCCAGAAAGAGUCGAAGCGGCCAGAUCUGUUGCCGUUGGAUAAUGAGUGUGUAGAGAAGCGGGUCUUCCAUCGGCUCAUUAGUGGGAUGCAUGCGUCUAUCUCGACUCAUCUGUGCUGGGACUACCUUAACCAGACCACCGGACAGUGGCAUCCCAACCUUCAGUGUUUCAAGGAGCGGCUUCACAAUCACCCUGAGCGCAUUUCAAAUCUUUAUUUCAAUUACGCGCUGGUGGCUCGCGCGGUGUCCAAGCUGCGGAAGCACCUGGAAGGCUACACAUAUUGCCUGGGUGACCCGGCGCAAGACCAAGACACCAAAGAGAAAAUCUCUCUCUUGACCUCUACUCUUGCUGAACGUCCACAAAUCUUUGAUGAGAACGUCAUGUUUCAAGAUCCGGGCGCCAUCGACCUCAAGGAAGACUUCCGGAACCGCUUUCGGAACGUCAGCCGACUGAUGGACUGCGUAGGCUGUGACAAGUGCCGUCUCUGGGGAAAGCUCCAGGUCAAUGGCUACGGCACUGCUCUCAAGGUUCUUUUUGAGUACGACGAGACCAAGAACGGCGAGAAUCCUCCUCUGCGCCGAACAGAACUAGUAGCCUUGAUCAACACGCUAGGCCGUAUAUCCCACAGUAUCGCGGCAGUGCGAAGUUUCCAUCGUGCAAUGGAAGUCACCGAUGGUCAGGUUUUCGCAAUCCCGGCCGGAUCAACAGCAGGCCAGAGUCGUGCAGGUGGCAAGAAAGUCCGCCGUCUUGUCAAAAACGGCGGGUCAACGUUCUACUACGAAGACGAUACCGCCGAGGACUAUCAGUAUAUCAGCCAGCAGCGUCCCUGGGAGCGGCAACGGGUGAAGCGCGAGGGUGACACCAUUAUUGACGAUUUCAAGGCCGAGUUCUCGGUCGUAUGGGAUACUCUCAUCUUCGUCCUGAAAAGCUGGGUUAAUAUACCCUGGACCUUCUGGGAGAUCGGGGUCCUCGAAGCCAACCGCCUCUGGAGUUACUGGCUGGGUCUUCCCGUGCCGCCGCGAGCUUGGAGAAUCCAGCUGCCGCAGCGACCGCCUCCUCCAAUUGUUGUGCGCGAUGAACUAUAGUCUAAUUAGGUAGCGAUCAUUUGAACUGGCGUUCGGUUGGUGUUGCCGUUGCAUAGCUGCAUAGUAUUGUAUAUAUGGGUCGGAUGUUUACUUCUGAGUAUA